CGCUAUAUUCCAACUAAAUUAGACUCACAACGUUUGGAAGAACAGCGUUUGGAAGAACGGCGUUUGGAGGAACUGCGUUUGAAGAAACAGCGUUUAGAGGAAAUGAUUGAACUGCUUGAAAUGUAUUACCAGAUGAAAGAACAGCGUUUGGAUGAACAGCGUUUGGACGAACUGCGUUUGAAGAAACAGCGUUUGGAGGAACAGAUUGAACUGCAUGAAAUGUAUUACCUGAUGACAGAACAGCAUUUGCGUUUGUAG